GACGUCUUUGAUCGUAUUGUAUACAUAUGUUAGAAAUUAGUAGUAUUAAUGUGCCUUGAAAUAUUGUAAACUUACUCUUUCGUGAUUUGUCUACUCUUUAAAAGUGAAAUCAUCUUGCAAUCUAUCCCUACAUCAUUAUGGACCGUUCCUACUCAACAAGAAUAACAAGUCGAAGAACCAAAAAUGGAGUCGAAGUUGACGGUUUGUGUGUGUCUGGUCACUUUGGCGCUGUUUUACCUCAUAGCUCCUGGAGAAAGUCAAGCAGGAAAAGAAGUAUUGAGGGAUCAGCAAGGGAUAGACCAGUUUGUAUGCACACGAGACCUCAAAAUCGAGUAUGACUUUAUGAACGGCCCAAUUCAAUGCGGUCAGGAUCAGGAACCCAUCCCACUGGGGUGGUUCCACGAGAGGCCGCCGCGUGUCAAGUACGAAAAGGCCGAAAAGGAUGCCCGCUACCUGCUAGUGAUGGUUGACCCUGACGCCCCCUCUGCUAAAAACCCAGAAAUGGCGUACUGGCGACACUGGCUGGUCACUUACAUCUCGGGUGAAGAUUUGCAGAAAGGUAUACCGAGUCAAGACUGGAGUUCUGUUGGAAGGACCUUGACAACCUACGCACCCCCCACCCCACCCCCAGGCUCGGGCCGUCAUCGCUACCAGUUCCUCCUCUUUCUGGAGCCACCCACACAUCCCAUAAUACUCACUCAGGAACAGCAGAAACACCGCGGCAAGUUUGACCUAAAGGCUUUUCUGCAGGAGAUGAAAUUUGAGGACCCGGUGGCUGCUACUGAGUUUGUGACAGAGAAUGCUGGAGAUCGAGAUGAACUGUAGAAUUAGUUUGCUGAUAAUAGAAGUAUCUAGGGAUACGAUCAAUUCCUGACUGUUUCACAAUGGUGUGCUAAACCAAAUAGGUAAAAGCAUGGCCUAGUAACCAUACCAUCAAGAAUUACUUGGUACAUUUUGUACCUCUAUGUGGUGCUUUCUUUCUUGUUAAAUAUAUUCUUUCUUCUUAUUCUUAACAUGGUCUUUUCCAUCCUUAGCUAAAGGGAAUACUGCUGCAUAUUGACUUGUAUGACAUGUCAGCCUGCAUUACUACAUCAGCCAUUCAACAUUGUGCUGUGUUCUGUAUGCAUUUACACCUGCCACAGGGUCUGUCUGGCCACCUUCACUGAGCAACGGUGGUGGGCGACAUGAAUGUGUUCCUUCUGAUCGCAACCCUUUUCCCUCCAUCAAUGUCUCUGCAGGUGUCUACUGAAGACAAACAAAACCAAUUCAUCAUGUCUUUCCCCUAUAA